GGCUCAUUGGACUGCGGAGUAGGACGUGCAGCUAUACGUUGAUUUCCUGCGUCCGCGCGUUUUCCAUUUCCGUAAACGGGCCAAGAGAUGGGUGCCCGACAACAGCCCUGGGUCGCUUUGGGUUAAACUCGCUCCGCAGCUUGGAAGGGAGAACGCGAGCUUGAGACGUACUGGCUGUUCAAGAAGGCUAACAGCCUUGAAGUGGAGGUGCCCUGGACGAGUAAAGUGUCGCUGUCCCCGGCAGUUGUGGGUCAGAGUAGCCCAGCCACAGCUGUGUUCCAGGAGAGAUUGUGGACUUGGAUUAUUUGAACAUUUGCAUUAUUUGAAGAUGAGCUUCCUGUUGCCCAAACUGACUAGCAAAAAAGAAGUAGACCAGGCAAUAAAAUGUACUGCUGAGAAAGUGUUGGUUCUCAGGUUUGGGAGAGACGAGGAUCCUGUCUGUCUGCAGCUGGAUGAUAUUCUUUCUAAGACGGCUCCUGACUUGAGUAAAAUGGCUGCUAUAUACCUGGUAGACGUGGCCGACACGCCGGUGUACACACAGUAUUUUGACAUCAGUUAUAUUCCAUCUACUGUAUUUUUCUUCAAUGGGCAGCACAUGAAAGUGGAUUAUGGGUCUCCAGAUCACACCAAGUUUGUGGGAAGUUUCAAAACUAAACAAGACUUCAUAGAUUUGAUCGAAGUCAUCUAUCGAGGAGCGAUGAGGGGGAAACUCAUCGUCCAAAGUCCUAUUGAUCCCAAGAAUAUCCCCAAAUACGACCUGCUCUAUCAAGACAUUUAGCACAUCUGCUGCUGCUGGAGAAGAGAAAGGCGCGUGGUGAGACCGUGCCUGAGUCCAGCCGUGCUGUUUCUCUGGAGUCCCCCAGAAACGUGUUCCACGUCCCAGCAGAGAAGAGUUCGUCUUGUCUGUAAAAUUCCCGUCCCCUGGGCGGGAGGCCCCACCAGUGGUCCAACGGUCUGGGUCCCUGCCGGUCUGGGUACUCCCCGUGGGCCUCGGGUCAGCCAGGCCACCUGUUCAGUUUCCCCAGGGUGACUUUUCUAGCUUCUCUUCAUACCGUGCUCUUCUUUAUCCCGGAGGAUGACGCCGACACCUAAACACAGGCCCGGAGAGUUUAGCUGUCUGAUGAACAAGGAAAUGAAGGGUCCUAUAAAAGCAAAAAUACUUAAUUUCUCCCCUAGAUGUACGUGCAUGUGUGGGACCACGCUCACACCCCACGUACCCUCGCCGGUGCCUCACCGUGUCCCUCACGCCCUCCCAUCUCCAGGCCGAGUUUCUCUCAGAAAUUCCCUGCUGCUAGCCGGCAAGUUCAUUUUGUUCCGCAGCCUUUCUGACUCAGACUUUUGAAACACUGCCUUUGUCGGCUCAUUUAACCAGCUGCUGUGAUACUCAGUCUCUCACAAAUCGAGAAUUAACCUCCACCGUCCAGCACCCACCUUGAGCGAAACAAAGACUUAACUUCGCUUAGUAAGAAGCUGGGCUCUGCCGGAAGUCAGAAUUGCCACUUCCCUCUAAGGCAGAAAAUGGUAUUUCAAAGACUUAAGACUGCAAAGAUGUCAGCCUUGUUCAGAAAAAAAAAAAUAUCGUUAGAAGACUUGCCAGUUCUAAUGACUUUAUGAAGAUCUUUUGCUCCCCACAGUCCUCCUGGCAGCCUUGGAUAAGUCACUGCUUCUCUCACGCCUGUGUCGGCUGUUGAUCCUGAGGUCCCAGAAUAAGAGGAUGGACGCCGAGCUGCAGGGAGUGGGCCGGGCAGCCACUGAUUCUGCCAGCAGAGGCCCAGUUCUGUGGGGGGGCACUGCCACUGCCAGUCCACCCCCUCUGCCCGGUGCUGCUCCUCAGGAUGGUCCUGCAGGUGUGGUGACCACAAGAGUUGGCGCUGGCUGAUGUGGCUCGGAAGAAAGGCUGUUGGGGGCGUUGGCGUCCCAUAUUGAUAAAAGGAGAGAGGCCGUGCGGGAAUAAAACAGAACUACCUCUGCCUUCUCUCUUCCCCUA